CAGACCAUGGAAAGAGGUCUGGGAACGAGACUAAGCGCACUUUCGAAUGUCACGCGUUGCAGUGGCCAUUUUUUUAUCUGUGUGUGGAGUGCUAUCAGCGGUGUAUCCUUCGUGAUCUCCCUCUCAUAUUGCCACCAGAAUGGAUAGUAUAGUCGAGGUGACUCCCUCUUAAGACCACAGGGUAUGGGGUUGGGGUUUCAACUGAUUGCUCGUCAAAUGUACCCUGCCGAGGACAACCGAGAACAACCGAGAAUACUCGGAGGUGAAUGUUUCCGAGGUUGGUUUUGGGCAGAAAAUUGACCAGAUUGUGUGCCUGGUGCGUGAGCAAGCUAAGGAGACGGCAGUGGUCAAGGAGGAGUUGUGUUCCCUACGAGCAGACAUGAAAGAGCUACAUACGCGUCUCUCUGAAUCCGUAAGCUCCACUCCAAGCUCUCUUUCAGGGUCUAGCACUUCUGGCUCAACCCAUAAAAAGUCGAAAAUUCCUACGCAACUUUCUGCUCUUGUCAAAGUUCUACAUGAAAAUGCAGAGACGUCUAAGCGGUUGGUUGGAUCUGAGCCGUACAACAGUGCCUUAAAUCAGAGCGCAAAAGAGUACCUGGUUUCACAGUUGACGGAGCAGUGUUCCGACAAAUACUCUCCUAAGAGAAUUCAGCGGUCUGUACACGGAUACUACGAGAGCCGGAGAAGGCUUCAAUGACAGCAGGCCUAAUAGGAUCGAGCAAGCUACAAAGGUACAGACUGAAUCAAGAAGAAGAGAACGACGUAAACGACUCUAUCAAAGCCGUAAAAAGUAUAUUCGGACUCCAAAGGAAGAGAAGAAAUGGAUGGAAAUAAGUUUCGAAUAUAUGACGGAAGAGAGCGAGGCUAGUGAUGGGGAGAAAGUAACCAAGCAUUCUUUGCCAUGGCGUUCAGAAAAGAUUAACAAGUUGGUCCGAAAACUGGACAACCGUUCAGGGCAGGCACCGGGAAAGAAUGUUUUCCUAAAGAAAGAGCGGAUAGAUAAGUCUCCGUCACUUAUUUCUCCUCCCUCUAAUUCGCCCAGGUGGGCUGUGCGCCAGUCCGAGGGAUCAGCUGCUGAGCCUGGUUCUACUCCCUCCAGAGCGGAAAACAAUUCAACGAGCAGGAGACUAAAUCCACCAUCUCCAGAGUGCUUUAGUGACACUAAUAUGGACUGAACUACUGUAUGUACUCUAUAUACCUUGUGGACUGAACUACUGUAUGUAUACUGUGUUUUAUUCGAAUCUGACC